AUGAAAUACGCAAAUUUUUUAAAGAGAGGGUCUAUUGCUAGAUACUCUUCAAAUUUAUAUGGAAUGCAGUUAUUCCAUUCAAGAAGAUAUUAUUUAAAUUUUUUUAGAAAUACGAAUAAAAAAAUAGGUUAUCAAUCUUAUAGUACUUCAUCAAUGUAUGAUGAAGCAUAUAGUAAUGGAGAAAAUUUUAAAAAAGAACAAAAAGUAGAGAAUAAAGAAAAAGAAAACAAUCUUAAUGAAAAUGAGAAUGUUAUAAAUCAAAAAGAAACAAAAAAUAUAGAAAAAAAUAUUGAAGAAAUUGAUUACGAAAAUUAUAAUAAAAUAGAUUUAAUUAAAGAAAUUAAAAAAGUAAAAAAAGAUAUGGAUGAAAAAAUAAUAGAUAACAAAAUAUUGAAAGAAAAAUAUUUAUCUGUUUUAGCAGAAAAUGAAAAUUUAAGGAAUAGAUAUAUAAAAGAAAUUGAAAAUAACAAAGUAUAUUGUAUUACUAAUUUUGCUAAAUCGUUAUUGGAUGUAGCAGAUAAUUUAUCGUUAGCUAUUCAAAAUAUAAAUGAAGAAUCAUUAAAACACAAUGAAGAAAUAAGUAAUAUACAUAAAGGAAUUCAAAUGACUGAAACUAUACUUCAUAAUAUUUUUAAUAAAUAUGGAAUAAAUAAAUAUAAUCCUAUUAAUGAAAAAUUUAAUCCAUCACUUCAUGAAGCAAUCUUUGAAAUAAAUGAUAAUACGAAAGAAAAGGGAACAGUUGCAACAGUCAUUCAACAAGGAUAUAAAAUCAAAGACAGGAUAUUAAGAGCUGCUAAAGUUGGAGUUGUAAAAAAUUAA